AUAUUUGCCACAGAGGAUCCCGCGACAACGCAACAGAGUUACAAAUCGUUCGCCGAUUGGUCCAUGGACACUGUUGUAAGAUGGCGCCUAGCGAAAUAUGAGUGGAAGUGAACAAGAAAAUGCAUCUACAGAUCUAAAACAACGGAUGGAAAUACACAGGAGACACACUGAAAGCAUACAGCACCGAGCUACGUAAUUUCGGGGAAAGAAGCGCAAUUCUGACGAUAGAAAAGAGGUCGUGAGGGAAAAGAGUUACAAAAUAUUGCAAAGCAGUAAUGAAUAACUCUCUGGAUGGUACGGGCUCCUAUGAGGAGCUGGUUCGACAGAAGGCUCGUAGCAUCCCUCAACAUCGCAUGAAGGAGUUCUUGGAGUCUUUGGCCAAUAAGGGUCCUGAUGCCCUGCAGGAGUUCACCCAACAGACUGGAGAUGUUGCUACUACCACUACCACAAUGGUGUAUCAACAAGAGGCCAACUGCAUUUACACCGAUAGUACAGAGGUUGCAGGGUCACUCCUCGAACUGGCUUGUCCGGUGCAGGUUCAGGUCCAAUCUCAGCAGCAGCAGAUACAAGAGGUAACUUCACAACAGCAGACAGUCCAGGGCACAGAGCAGAUUGUACAGGUGCAGAUUGCCCAACAACAAGGUCAGAUGCUGGGUCAGGUUCUUCAGGUUCCUUCUAGUUCUCACCAACAGCUUCAAGGUGUAACGACAGCACAGCUAAUUCAGCCUGGGGAUCUCACAGAGGAACAGCAUCAACAGCUCCAAGCUCAGUUGGUGGCGGCGGUUGCAGGAGGACAGCAGAUUCAGAUUCAGACAGUCGGUGCAUUGUCUCCAACCCAGCAGCAGGACAAUGAACGGAGGGUGCUUGGGACAACUGUAGCCACAUCCCAAGGAGCUGGUGUUUUACAGCCUGCCAAGAAGCGCAAGGUGGACAUGCCUAUCACAGUGUCUUAUGCUCUGCCUGGCCAGCAGGUGGCCACAGUGUUGGCUAUUCCCCAGGGCCAAGGUCAGCAGCAGAGUUAUGUGUCUCUGCGGCCUGACCUCCUAACUGUGGAUAGUUCCCAUUUGUACAGUGCUACAGGAACAAUCACUAGCCCCACAGGUGAGACAUGGACCAUCCCAGUCUAUUCGGCUCCUGCUGGAUCUGGUCGAGAGCAAGUCACACACAUCGCCAUUCCCCAAGAGGCUUAUGGAGCAGUGCAAGUAGCUGGAGCUAAUACUACAACAAUGACAACAAUGCCCACCCAAGUUACUGUUGAAAAUGACAAACUGAAAAAUAAUUCAAUUCAAACUAGUACUGCUCAGGCUGUCUCCAGCAUAACUAACUCUGUUGGUAUGGGGACACAAGAGGAAGUGGUGCACACACUUGCUGCAAAUACUUUAUUCCCUGCUCAGCUCAUGAAUGGGAACAUCCACAUCCCAGUGGCAGUACAGGGCUACUCUAAUGCCACACAGUCCCUGAUCUGGGAUCCUCAGCAGCAGGUGCUGCACACACAAGGGCUGACAGGCCAGGAGGCACAGCAGUUGCAGGGCCAGACCGUGGCAGUAGCAGAAGUGGAUGGCCAAGGCCAACAGCAGGUGCAUGUUCAGGAGCUGCUGCUUCCAGCAACGUUGAAGCCAGAAGAGGGACUGGAGGUGUGGCGUCUGUGGGCCCAGAGAAAAAAUGCUGACUUGGAUAAAUCUGAUAAAAAUAAACUGGCUCCAAUUGGAAGGCGCCAGGCCUUGCGUUUCCAGGAAGAUUUAGUGUCUUGUGCAGUAGCUGAGCUCUGCUUGGGCCUAUGUUAUAUGACAACUGAAGCCCGUGGGCUGGAAGGAGAGUCAUAUGAGGCAGAUGUUCUCUAUUAUAUCUUCCUCUGCAUGCAAAAAUAUCUUUUUGAUAACGGUAGAGUAGAUGACAUUUUCUCAGAUCAGUAUUACACACGGUUUGCUCAAAGUUUGCACCACAUUUUGGAACCAUGGAGACCAUCUGUUCAUCCACUAGGUUAUGUAAUUCCCAGUCAUGUGACUGAGGAGAUGCUGUGGGAAUGUAAACAGCUGGGAGCUCACUCCCCCUCAACGUUACUUACAACUCUAAUGUUCUUCAACACAAAGUAUUUUCACCUUAAAACAAUUGAUCAACAUUUAAAAGUAGCCUUUUCCAAAGUGCUGAGACACACACGAAAGAGCCCCAAUAAUCCUAAAGACAAAAGCACUAGCAUCCGGUACCUCAAGGCCACAGAGAGGUUCAUUGGGCAAAAGGUGACCGACGACAUGUAUUCAGAACAAGUGGAGGACCCCGACAAUCCACUGAGAUGUCCCAUAAAGCUGUAUGAUUUCUACCUCUUUAAAUGUCCACAGAGUGCCAAAGGGAGGAAUGACACCUUCUACCUGACGCCAGAGCCUGUGGUGGCCCCCAACAGUCCCAUCUGGUACUCCACUCAGCCCAUCCCAAAAGAACAGCUGGAACAGAUGCUGGCACGCAUCCUUGUUGUACGAGAAAUCCAGGAAGCCAUCACCUUAUCAGAGAGCGUGCAUUAAUGGGACUAGAAGAGUGCCACAUAGAGACUUCCUUUUCCUCUCCAGCCUUUGAUGCUCAACUGUAGUAGAUUUUGGUCUUCUUCUUUGGGCUCUUAAAGGGUGGCUUGUACAUGUUUAUAUCUGUUUGUAUAUACACAUUGACUGUACAUACAUAUACUACUAAGAAUGAUUUGUAUUGCUAAGGCAGUCUCUUAAUCUUAACACUUUUUGGCCAAAGGUUGUAGUAUCUAAUCUUACUCUUAAUUUAAAUGUUAUUUUAGCUGUUCUCCUAUUCUCUGCACCAUUACUUUUGUUAUUGUUUUAUUUGUAAUAUAUUUUAUAUAUUCUGUACCUGCCUUCAUUGCUGUUUUUUCUCACUACAUUUAUUUUGAACAGCAAUACGUUGCCUGAACUGCUUAAUAGUUCUCAUUCAUGUUGCGGGAAGCUUGAGCAUUUCGGAAUUUGGGUUGUCAUCAUUGACUUGAAUGCCUUUCAAUGUCUCCACGUCUGACUGCAGUUUCAAGGACCUGCCACUACAUGGAGUGCUGGUUGGAAGUCUGCCAGAAUGCGUCCGUGUUCUCUGCAAGCCCGUUUCAAAAUGUGUUUGUGAGUUUAGUUGUGGGACAACGCAGUGACACAACAUCAUGUACUGCAUAGAGUUUCAGUCCUAAGGGGAGCUGCUGUGCCUGUGAUUUUGAAUCUCUUUGUACAGAUUCUUAUAUACCAUGCCUUUGCCUUUCUUUUGUGGCUCUGUAUCAAAUGCACUUGUGAAAAGAAAUGGCCUGCAGUUUGUGACCUACAAAUGACACACAUUGUACACCCAAACUGAAAUAAAACUCCUCACAAACUUUA